UAUUUAACAAAUUAGAUUUCAUUAAUAGGAUAAACUGCUACAGAACGAUAUUUUCCUAAAAUAAUGAGUUGGAUAAAGAAACAAGAUUAAGGAAUUGAUCAAAGAGUCGCUUUUGAGUCUAUAUAGUUGAUGUUUAAAUUUGUGGAAGAAGAACUUACUUAUGAAACAGAAAACAAUGAAUUCUUAGAGUUGUUUGAGCAAUAAGUCUUCAAUCUCUGUCAAACUAAGUCAGAAUCCGAAUUAUAAACAUACUAAGCCAUGAUUAAAUUCUUGAAUGAAGAUCUUAAAAAUGAUGUCAAUUUCUUCAAAAACAUGAUCAAGGACAAAGAGAAGAUGUUGGAAUAAGAUAUCAAAGAAAUUGAAAAAAUAAAAAAAUAAACCAAAGACAGGAGUAAAAUAGAAUAGAAGUUGAAAGACAUAAGCUAUCUUAUUAAGGAGAUAGACAAAAACUUGGAGAUUGGUACUGCAGAAAAAUUAUAUGGAUUACUUGAAAUUAUAGAAUCUAAGGCAGUUAUUGGAUUAUUCCAAUAUUAAAAUGAAUAUUAAGAAAUUUAGUAGUACUUAAAAAAUGUGGAUUUGUUAUUUAAAUCGAGAAAUUUUUAGUAAGAUAAAUUUGAAAUUAUCAACUUAAUUUCUAUGGUAAAAAAUGUCCUUCUUGAUUUACAUCUAAAUAUUAUCAUCAAAUUAUAGGAGGAUCAAUUAGAUGAAUAUGAAGCAAUGUCUUUUUUUGAAAAUAGUAAAGUCACUCAUCAAAUAGCAAGAGAUUACUUUUAAAAUGAACUCCAAACAUUUUUAUAAACUUUAAUAAGCAAGUGGGAGAACAUCAUAUUGAUCUAAGAGAAAACCAAUGAAAACUCAGAAUCCUUUAGAAAUCUAAUUUAGCAACUCAAGAAAUAAAAUACUAAAAUAAUAGAAACAAAUAAUCACAGUUUAUAAAUAGUUAAUUUCACUAUAAAACAUCUAGAAUAAGACUUUUUGGAAUAAAGAAAAAGACAAUGA